UCCUGCACUCCAAGGCACUGCCCUUGCGCACUCUCCAACGACUAACCUACGCGAGUGGACUGUGAAUUAAUAAAAUCAUAAUAAAGAAAAAACUAGUUUUGACAUUUAAAACGGAACUUUUAAAAAAAUUUAAGAAAAAAAAUUGGAUUUUCCGAGUUAUCACACUUUCAAGAUGAGUGCUGUGGAAGAUGUGCCUGCGCCUAAACCAGACAAGCUGCUGGGCGUGCGGCACCUGGUGGCGCUGCUGCUGUUCCUGGCGACGGUGGUGUCGUACGCCACGCGCGUCAGCAUGAGCGUCACCAUCCUCGCCAUGACCAAGGACAACGACUACGGGUAUAAGGUGUUCGACUGGAGCCAGUCCACUCGGGACACGAUCUUGUCUUCGUUCUUCUGGGGCUACAUCGUGCUGCAGAUUCCAGCUGGAAUGUUCGUCGGCCGCUUCGGUGGCCGCCUCAUCAUUCUGGUGUCCAUGCUCAUGACCGGACUUGUCAACCUCGUCUUACCUUAUGCUGCUGUCAAGGGAGGUUGGCAGGCAGUGUGUGGAUGCAGGAUAGUCAUGGGCCUCUUCCAGGGUCUACUGUACCCCAGUCUGCACGGACUGCUGGGGCAGUGGGCGCCAGUGGAGGAGCGGAGUCGGAUAGGAACUGUUGUAUAUUCUGGUGCACAGCUAGGAACUAUCAUAGAGAUGAUGAUAGCCGGAGUUCUGUGUGACAGCAGCUGGGGCUGGCCGUCGGUGUACUACCUGGCCGGAGCCACCUGCCUCGCGUGGUCGGUGCUGUGGUUCGUGUGGGGCGCCUCCAACCCCAGCACCAGCCGCUGGAUCUCCAAGGAGGAGAUGAAGUACAUCGAGAGCAGCGCUGGCUCGCAUGGUAUUAACGAGCAAAAGAAAAUGCCGGUGCCUUGGAAGGGAAUCUGGACUUCCUUGCCAUUCUGGUCCAUCCUGUUGGCGCAUAGCGGGCAAAGUCUUGGUUUUUGGACACUGUUGACGGAGAUGCCUUCUUAUAUGGACAAAGUUCUUGGAGUUGAUAUUAAGAGCAAUGGUCUUCUGUCAGCAUUGCCAUACGUGGCCAUGUACAUCCUCAGCUUCGUGUUCAGCUGGUGCGCCGAGUUCAUUGUCAACAGGAACAUUUGUACUCUCGCCACCUGCAGGAAGAUCUUCAAUACCAUUGCGUUCUGGGGCCCUGCAGCGUCUCUACUCGCGCUGUCCUACAUACCUGCCGGGCACUUGUCACUCGCGGUUGUGAUGCUCACACUCACAGUGGGUCUCAAUGGUGCCCACUAUGUCGGCUUCUUGAUCUCCCACAUCGACCUGUCUCCGAACUUCGCCAGCACUCUGAUGGGCAUCACCAACGGCUUCGGGAACAUCUUCUCCAUCCUGGCACCGCUGAGCGUGUCCUUCGUCGUUACUGAUGAGACAAGUGCCACAGACUGGCGGAAGGUGUUCUUCAUCAGCAUCGCAUUCUACUUCCUCGCCAACUUGUUCUUCAUCCUCUUCAUGUCGGACAAGGUGCAGCCCUGGAACGAGCCCCAACACAACACUACUAUUGAGGAUGGAGCGAAGAAAUCCGAGGAAGUCAAGUCCACGAAAAAGGAAAAGACGGGAGAGCACAAGUUUUGACAACAGCUUAUAUGAUAUUUGGUUGAACACUAGUCAUGAUUUCGCAAGCGAUUUGCUGAAGUUUUGUGAUACUGUAUCACAUAUACCUAAUAAUUUAUAUAAACUAGAAAAGGUUUAAGUACACAUUUGACCACACCGUAGACAUGCAUGUAGUUAUCGAAUUUUGACGAUGUCCCUGUCGUUAUAGAGGUCCUAUAGUUGUCCACUGCAGGUGUGCAUUGCGCAUUAGUUUCUAACCAAUCCAUUCCAUUCCAUCAGCCUGUAUGCGUCCACUGCUAGACAUAGGCCAAGAGCGCGCCACCAAACACGGUCCUCUGCCUUUCUCAUCCACCCGCUUCCCGCCACCUUCUUCAGGUCAUCGGUCAAGCGGGCUGUCCCACACUGCGCUUACCGGUACACGGUCUCCACUCCAUCCGUUCUGGUCAGACAUGAGCUGCCCAUUGUCACUUCAGCUCGCUAAUCUUUGAGCUAUUUAGGUCGCUUUUGGAGUUUCUAACGUUUCAGCAAAAUUAUUUAUACUCUGUAGAGAAACUUGGGAGAUUGUUACGCAUCCUAACUUUUUAAUUAGCUUUAUGAACUACUAUGUACCUACUCAACUGUCUGCUUUUCUUUCCGUAACUUUUCACUCUAAGUAGGUACAAAGUUUUCGCGAAGAUUAUCUCAUUUUCUUUUACUUGAGCGUUUUAUGAAAAUUAUGGUUGUAUUGAGAUUCCCAAAAAGUUAGAAUAGAAACAGGCAUUUUUUAAAUUCAAAUAAACUUUUACAAGUACUUUUGAAUCGUCAAAUACGUAGGUACUGGUUUGGUUGAAGAACCAGCAAAUAUUCGGCGGUUGCCCUUUUCAAAUAUUUGAUAUACAAUACUAUGGCCAUAUAUAAAAGUAAUUGAAGUCGUUGCUAGAGCGAGCUGCAGGUCAAAUCCACGCCCAUUUAUCAUUUAGGUACAUUAUCUUCAAUUGUGUAAUAUGAUUUUCAGAAGCAUACUUUUUAAUCCUAAAUGUCCGUAAAGAAGUUUAUAUUCAAAAAAAAAUUAACUGAUGUUACUUAAGUAGGUACUUACCUAGGUACUUAUUACCAAUUUUUCUACUUAUACGGGUACCUCUACCUAUACAUAUUAUACACAUUAUACACCUAGCUAACCUAUGAAUUAACAACGAAUCGACACAAACAUGAAAACAGUUUCCCAAAUGUUACCAUUAUAACUAUUUUUCACGUCACCAAAGAACAGUGAUGUUACAGGUAAUCUAUAGCUUUGUAAAUAAAUAAUUAUUUAUUAAUUUAUAAACAAUAUUUAAGUUUUAAUUUAGAUUAAGAGAAGUCUGUAGUAAGUAGUGUGUGUUUGGAUGGAGAUUUAAUAAUAAAAUUAUUUAAAUAAAAAUUGUUAUAAUAAUAAUAUUAUUAUAGAAAAUUUCAUUUCA